UGUACAGAGACAGUAGAGAUACAGGCUGAGCAGACAUGGAGGCCCGAUUAACGAGAGAGGCCCGUGCUGACACAUCCAGGCCCAGUUAAUGGCGAGUCGUUGUGGAUUUUACAGCAUCUCCGGAGAUAUUACGGAUCCUAGUUACUGAAAGGAAUAAUGGUUUAAGCCGCAAGGAAGAAGAAAUACAGGAGAGAUCCAUUUCAGCAUUUGGAGGAUUUAAAAGAAAAAUGAAAAAUAUGUGGCCACCACGUUGAUACACAUGGAAAACAGGACACAGAGCCGAAUAAUGUGAACACCGUUUUCUGGACUGUUUCAGAGAAGAAGGACGGAGAAAGAGGGCUGGACAGCUAAGAAGGGAGUGAAGACGCCUCAAAACAAGGACAGCUUCACUUUCACAGUUAUCCCCUCCCCCCCUUCCCCCUUCACCCCUAUCCCAUACCCAUACAAAACUCUACCUGGUAGCCACAACACCCACACUCUCAAAUAAGAGUUCCCAUCCCUUAAGUUCUGAUGGAUCAGAAGGUUCAUGGGAGAACUGCAACUCCACCCCCACCUCUCUCUUGUACUCCGACAGGAGAGCGAGAGAAGGAUGGAGGGGGUGGAAAGAAAGAAGAGGAGGAUGAAAAAAAGCGGGACAGAGAAAAAGAAGGAGCUGCAGCUGCCCCUGCCGAUGCAGGUGGGCCAGGCGUCGCCAGCGAUGACCAGUCUCAGUUUUCCGUCAAAGAGAGCAACUUGUCGGAGGGCAACGUCAAGCUCAAGAUUGGCCUUCAAGCAAAACGCACGAAAAAGCCCCCGAAGAUCUUGGAGAAUUACGUGUGUCGGCCAGCCUUCAGGGCCACUGUGAGGCAUACGGCUCGUGGAGUGGGUAAUGCUCGUGGAAACCGUGCAGGGGCUGCAAGUGAUGGCCCUCACAGUCAGAGCCAGAGUCCCUCAAAGGGCCGGGAAAAGGAGAAGAGUCAGAGCGUGAACAAAACUCCAGCUUUGUCAUCAUCAGUUCCUUCCGCUAAGGUUCCUGCACCUCCUCCUCCUGCUCCCACUACCAUCACUAAAACGCCAUCACCCUCCCAAGUGAACGGGAGUGCUUCAUCCAAAAGGGGUCAACCAAAGACAGAUUACAAGUCAGAUUCAAAGUCUGAUACAAAAUCAGCUACUACCACAUCUGAAAGACCCCUUAAUCUUCAUCGACCUCCGUCAGACAACAAACUGCAUUCUUCUGGGAAGAAAACGCCAACUCCACCAACAAACCCACGGACAUCUUCACCUCCUUCACCUGCACCUGCAUCAAAAGAACCAAUAUUUGAUGGUGUUAAAGCUCCUCAGUACACUUACAGCACAGAAAGUCAAAAAGACAAGGACAAGGGUGUUCAGAGUUGGGGUGCACCGACAGUAACUGAGAAAUUGGCCCAGCUUAUAGCAACCUGCCCUCCAUCAAAGAUCCCUAAACCCACAAAGACUGAUCCCAGUCCUACCCUCCAAAGUUCAGGAUUUAUGGCUCCCACAGCCAAGCAGCGUGACAGGGCUAUGGCCAAUAGGAACACAUAUUCAAGAAUGUUGCACCUUUCUCCUCCUCCCCCUGUGUCAAGACCACCUGGUCGGCCUUACGGUUCUAGGAACAAAGACGGUGUUUCAGAAAAUCCAUCCAUCCUGAUGCAAGUAAGGAGGGAGGACUCAGAUGGGGCUGGAAAAGCUAUUAUUAGCAGCGGCAACAACAGCAUUAACAUGAGCAGCAGCAGUCGCAGCAGCAGCCCUGCAUUCCCUUAUAAUCGCCUGUCAUCUAUGUCAAAAGACAGCAACAGUGAAAACAGCAACAGCAGUAUUUCUAAGCCACAGUCGCGUCCUGCUCAGAGCUCACCCCACACCACGUCUUCCCCAUUUUGCCCAGUUUUAUCCUCUUCCUCCAUUUCAGGCGAGCAGAGGACAGUGAGUGCAGUGAGUCACCUGGGCUCACCUGUGCCCUCACAAGGACACCAUGCUCAAGAGUCUCCAGCUCUGGCAGAGGAAAGUGGUGCAGAUGAGAAGGAGCAGGACAGAAGUCCCAGAGACUUAACCAAGUGCCCUCCUUCGGUAGUAACAGGAAAACCAGAGGGUAAAGACAGGGGAACAGGUAAUCAAUCACUGCGUGUUGAGAGGGGGAGAAGUUCUAGUCCAAGUAAGCGCAGUCCCAGCAGGGAUAGUAGUCAACCAAGCCGAAGUACGAGCCCUCCUGAGCCUGUUAGACAGAGGGUACCUUCUCAGUCUGAGCCAGAUGAUGACGAUGGUUCACAGACACCUCUUAGAGAUGAUUCCCCUGAUUCAUCUCUUGACUCAAAUGAUGAACAGGACAGUAAACCCCUCAAAAAGCGCAGAGGCGGUAAACCCUGCUGGACUCAUGUUAUGAACAAGAUACAGAAUCAACAAACAGAUCAGGGCAGUCUCUUCAGUGAAAACAAAACCACCCUGCCUUCAUCUGCAAGCUUAGAAAUACCAUCGCCACCAAUUAAAAGACCUGUAGGCAGGCCGCCAAACCCAAAUAAGGUCAAACCAAAUCUCGUGCCUCAAAAUUCAGUGUCACAGCUUUUUCCACCUCGACCCAACAAAAGAGGGAGGCCAAAGUCUAAAAUGCCCAGACUUGACGCUCCAGUUCCUGGUAACACUUCCAAUAAGCUAGCCUCCUCCAAAGUAUUUUCAUCUUUGCUAAAGUCCAAGGAAGAGCAGGAUCCACCUGUGCUUCACCCAGAGGUGGACUUAAACCCUCCUAAGCCUAUGCCUAGAAAACGUGGACGGCCCAAGCGACUACCUCCUACCUUACCCCAAGAAGGUCAGCCUCCCACAUUAGCUCCUGAAGCAGGAGACAUAGACAAGCGGUUUCGCAGCAAAGGAAACGGGCAGCUUAUUAUGAGAACUAUUAUUGGCAAGAUCAAUAAAAUGAAAAGUGUGAAGCGCAAACGAUUUCUAAGUCAGAUCCUUUUAGGCCCAAGAACAGAGGAAACUCCUAAAAGCAGCACCAGUGCAGUGGUAAGCUCUGUGGAAUCUACAACACAAUCAUUAUCCUCCCUAGCUGCUUCUUUUGGGAGGAAAUUAGGGCCACAAAUUAACGUCAGUAAAAAGGGGACGAUAUACAUGGGUAAGAGGAGGGGCCGUAAACCAAAAGCAGUGGCCACAGUGUCAUCACCAGAACCCUUUCUGUGUCCAAACACCACUUCCCCUCUCCAUCAUCAUCACCAUCAUCAUCCGUCUCAUCAUCAGCUCUCCUCGUCAGAGGUCUUUCCCUCUCCCUCCCUCUCACAGUCAAGCGGAGGCCACAGUCCUAUCAGUGAUGCUAGCUUUGUGGAGCCCGGCUCAGUACACUUUUCAGGUCACUCUCACUAUUCUAGCUCCCAUCAUAGCCACAACACGUUUUCCUUCCCUCCCCCAACCUUUUCAGCCCCCAACAAAGUCUUGGGUUCUUCGUUAUCUUCUGUGGCCACAGCAGCAUCCCAGAAAAAGCUGUCUUGUCGUGGCUACCCUCACCACCACCAUCAUUACAGGCAGCAUUAUCAUUAUCAUAAGCUUUCUCCUCCGAGGCCGCUUCACCCCACCUCCCCAGCUCCCCUCAGUGAGCUCAAAGAAGCCACUCCAUCACCUGUCAGUGAGUCCCACAGUGAGGAGACAGUGCCCAGUGACAGUGGCAUCGGAACAGACAAUAACAGCACAUCUGACCGAGGAGAGAAAGCUGGAGGGACUGGUGGGUUGGGUGGAAUUGGGAUGCCAGCUGGAAUGGGAUUAUUAAUGCCAGGUGUCAUGGGUUCAGCACUUGCUCCGGGGAUGGGCCUCAAUUCCAGAGGCAGACGUCGACACUCUGCCGUGCUCAUGGAACAUCCCUCACCUUCUCCAUCACCCCACGGAGCAAGGUCAUCGCCUGACCUCCGGAGACCUCACCCAACAGCUCCCGCGUCCUCUUUACUGGGCCACAAAGAGAAACACAAGCACAAGUGUAAACGCCGCAACCACGGAUGCCCCGGCUACGACAAGCUGAAGAGACAGAAAAGGAAACGAAAGAAGAAGUACUUGCAGCUGCGGUCUCGGCGGCUUGACCCAGACUUUCUCGCUGAGCUAGACGAGAUAAUUGUGAUGCUGAGUGAAAUACGGAUAACACACCGUUCAGCAGGGCACAGGCUCAGCGCUGGCAUAGGCAUGGCACCAGGAACGACUAGAAUGCCUGGGUUGGGGAACAGACCUAGUGGUGGAAUUGGAGGUCCUAGUGGUCCGCCUCCUCAUCACUAUGUUCACAGGGACCUCCUGCCUACAAUCUUCAGGGUUAAUUUUGGCAGGUUUUACUCUCAUCCUGCUUACUCAUGCGACCCGUUGCACUAUGUUCGUAAACCAGACAUGAAGAAAAAACGAGGACGCCCUCCCAAACUGAGGGACUCCUUGUCUGAGGUUCCUUUUGUACCAGGACUGGGAUUCCCACUGUCAAGUGGCGGGUUCUACCACCCUUCUUACGGACUUCCUUACUCCUCUGGGCCUUUGGGAUUGGGCUAUUACAGAGGCUAUCCUCCUGCAAGCGCCCUGUAUCCUCAUCCACACCACCAGUCACCUCACACAGCACCAUCCCACCACUCCCACCACUCACCAUCUUUCCCUCCACCUCCCCCUACACCUUACAUGCAUCAUCACCAUCCUUCACAUCUCCUACUAAACCCAUCAAAAUUUCACAAGAAAAAACACAAGUUGCUCAGGCAGGAGUACUUGGGAGGAAGAAGGUCCCCCGUUCUGUUCCCGCCCAUGUCUUCUGAUCUUUCUUUUAACUGGCACCAUAAACACAAACACAGACACAAACACAGAGAGCGUUGCUCGGAGGAAGAUAGGGAAGAAGCAGCAAGGAGUGGAUCAGGGAGUCGAGCUGGUGCAGGUGUUUCUGACAAAGGAGCGUCAAAUAAAGGAGAGCGAGUUGGUGGUUUGGGAAUGGCCGAGUCGAUACAAAGAUGCCGCUUUGGAAGAGACCCUUCUGGCACAGCUGCCAGCAAACAAGCUGCUGCCACUUCUGCCAACUCGCCCUCUUCUUCCUCAUCCUCAUCUGCAGAAAGAUACAAGCGCAAAGAAAGCUCCAUGUCCUGUUUGGGACCCUCUCGGCUUACUCUGGACAGCAGCUCAAAAGGCCAUCCAGUUGCAUCCUGGUUCAGAAUGGGCAGUUCUGAAGCAGACUAUUCUCAGCUAUCACGGAGCCACGUAGCUCCCGGUCAGGGCUCGUUCUCAAAUGGACGGGCAGGAGACCCAACUGGCUGCUCCGACAGCGAGGAUGAGGAGCCUCUCACUCCCACAGAGGAUGUAGAAGCUCACGAUUCUCCAAACCUUACAAAUCUCUUUGCCUCCGCUCUCACCCGAACUUCACUGAAAGGAGGCCGGAACAGAAAAACAGAGAUGGUCGCAGAGAGUUCCAGCUUCAGUCACGUGGAUCGGCCAGUGAGGAAGGACCACUCAAUGACAGCAGAGAGGAGAGAGUUAGGGUCAUCGGGUAUUCAAACAAGAGGUGUCCUGACCUCUGAAGGGACUGAAGGAUCUUUACACCACCGGCAGCUGCACCACCACCAACCCUCUUUGUUUCACUCGCACAGCUCUCCUUCCUCCUGUCUUUCGCCUCCUCAGGACUUUUGCUUGGAUUCCUCUUUGCCCCACCUCUCCCACCGGGCCCAGCCAUUUAAGCGCAGCCUGCAUCACGUUAACAAAAUUCUGCGUGCCAAAAAACUGCAGAGGCAAGCUCGCACGGGAAACAACAUGGUGAAAAAGAGGGGUCCUGGACGUCCCAGGAAAUACCCACUUCCCUCCCCACCGCCGUCCCCUCCACCUGUAGCUGAACUGAAUCAGGCCCGGCACAGAGAUGGUGGGACAGAACGGCUGGCAGGACGAAGAGGUUGGGAGGUCAAAACUGUCUCAGAUGCUAUCGAGUCUGUCGUCCAGGGGCAACGUAGGAAAACUCAGAAGAGGAAACACUGGGAAGGAGAUGAGGAUGAAGAAGAUGAGGGGGAGAUUGAAGAAGACAAGGAGGUGGAGGAGACUGAGGAGCAAGUGCCAGAAAAAGAGGAGAAUCCUAGUAACCUGGCUGCAAAAUCCAGAACUGGGACAGGAAGCUGGCCUACUGAAGAAGCUCAUCAGCACUUUCAGAGCUCAGUGGAAAGAAAACCAGAUGACCAGUGUUCCUCAAAGUGCCCAGGUCCCGUCUCCAAAGAACAAGCUGCACCUUUGCCCAUCAACAACCAACGAGAGAAGAGAGCAGCCAGACCUCCGAAAAAAAAGUUUCAGAAAGCGGGACUUUACUCCGAUGUGUACAAGACUGAAGACCCGCGCAGUCAGCUUUUACAGCUGAAGAAAGAGAAGCUGGAGUACAUACCCGGGGAACAUGAAUAUGGAUUAUUUCCUGCUCCGAUACAUGUUGGGAAGUACCUGAGACAGAAACGUAUAGAUUUCCAGUUGCCAUAUGACAUCUUAUGGUUGUGGAAACAUGAUCAGCUUCACAAGAGGCCGGAUGUACCUCUUUAUAAAAAGAUCAGAUCAAAUGUCUACGUGGAUGUGAAGCCUCUCUCUGGUUAUGAAACAACCAUGUGCAACUGUAGGUCUCCUGAAAACUUGACUGAAAAUGGUUGUCUGGACGAUUGCCUGAAUAGAAUGAGCUUUGCUGAGUGCUCUCCCAGCACUUGUCCAUGUGGUGACAAGUGUGACAACCAGCACAUCCAGAGGCACGAGUGGGUCCAGUGUCUGGAGCGAUUCCGUGCUGAAGGAAAAGGUUGGGGCAUCCGCACCAAGGAGUCUCUCCGCUCCGGACAGUUCAUCAUUGAAUACCUGGGAGAAGUGGUGAGCGAGCAGGAGUUCAGGAACCGAAUGAUGCAGCAGUACUUCUCCCACAGUGGCCACUACUGUCUGAACCUGGAUAGUGGGAUGGUGAUUGACAGCUACCGGAUGGGCAAUGAGGCACGCUUCAUAAACCACAGCUGUGAUCCAAACUGUGAGAUGCAGAAGUGGUCAGUAAAUGGGGUGUACAGGAUUGGUCUCUUCGCUCUCAAAGACAUCACCAGCGGCACUGAACUCACCUACGACUACAACUUCCAUUCCUUCAACACUGAGGAGCAGCAAGUGUGUAAGUGUGGCUCUGAGAGCUGCCGGGGGAUCAUCGGAGGGAAGAGUCAGCGUAUAAACGGCUUGCCUGGAAAAUCAGGGGGCGCUCGGCGGUUGGGUCGACUCAAGGAGAAAAGGAAGUCAAAGCACCAACUGAAGAAAAGAGAGGAAGAGUCAAGCGACAGCAACAAGUUUUAUCCACAUCUUAUGAAGCCCAUGUCUAACAGAGAGAGAAACUUUGUGCUAAAGCACAGAGUUUUUCUUCUGAGAAACUGGGAGAAGAUGAGGGAGAAACAAGAGCUGCAGAAGAGAGAGGGUGAAAGAGAGAGGGACGCCAGCAGCCUGUCUGUGUACGCCCGCUGGGGCGGAGUUAUCAGAGAUGACGGUAACAUCAAGUCAGACGUGUUCCUGACGCAGUUUUCAGCUCUGCAGACGUCGCGCUCAGUACGCACGCGGAGACUCGCCGCCGCCGAAGAAAACACGGAAGUCACUCGCACAGCACGCCUCGCACACAUCUUCAAGGAGAUCUGUGACAUGAUCACAAGCUACAAGGACUCAUCUGGUCAGAUACUCGCAGCUCCUUUGGUCAACCUCCCAUCCAGAAAAAGGAAUAGUCAGUACUACGAGAAGGUGUCUGACCCUCUCGACCUGAGCACCAUUGAGAAGCAGAUUCUCACCGGCCAUUAUAAAACCGUGGAAGCGUUUGACACAGACAUGCUCAAGGUGUUUCGUAACGCAGAGAAAUAUUACGGUAAGAAGUCAUCCGUAGGCAGAGACGUCUGCCGGCUGCGGAAGGCUUACUACAGCGCCCGUCACGAAGCCGCGGUCCAGAUCGACGAGAUCGUGGGCGAGACCGCCAGCGAAGCGGACAGCUCGGACUCGCUGGAGCGCGACCACCUCCACCACCACCACGGAGGAGGGCCGGGGUCCCACGACAAAGACGACGACGUCAUCCGCUGCAUCUGUGGAAUGUACAAAGACGAAGGCUUGAUGAUCCAGUGUGAGAAGUGCAUGGUGUGGCAGCACUGUGACUGCAUGCGUCUGGAGACAGAAGUGGAGCACUACCUAUGUGAGCAGUGUGACCCUCGGCCUGUCGACAGAGAGGUUCCCAUGAUACCUCAGCCAAGCUACGCACAGGCUGGCUCCAUCUACUACAUAUGUCUCCUUAGGGAUGACCUGCUGCUUCACCAAGGUGAUUGUGUGUAUCUGAUGAGAGACAGCAGGCGCACAACUGAAGGGCAGCCUAUCAGGCAGUCUUACCGUCUCCUGUCCCACAUGAACCGAGACAAACUUGACAUCUUCCGAAUCGAAAAGCUGUGGAAAAAUGAAAAGGGGGAGCGGUUUGCUUUUGGUCAUCACUACUUCCGUCCUCACGAGACGCACCACUCUCCGUCGCGGCGUUUCUACCAGAACGAGCUGUUCCGCAUGCCGCUGUACGAGAUCAUCCCCCUGGAUGCAGUGGUGGCAACCUGCUGUGUCCUGGAUCUUUACACCUACUGCAAAGGACGGCCUAAAGGUGUGAAAGAGCAGGAUGUGUACAUCUGCGAUUACCGCUUGGACAAGUCGGCCCACCUGUUCUACAAGAUCCACCGGAACCGCUACCCUGUCUGCACCAAGCCGUACGCCUUCAACCACUUCCCAAAGCGGCUCGCGCCGAAACGAGACUUCUCGCCUCAUUAUGUUCCUGACAACUAUAAGAGGAACGGAGGCCGAUCAGCCUGGAAAAGUGAGCGACCCAAAGAAGCGUCCGGCUGCGAGGACGACGGCUCCUCCUGCGAGCGCAGCGAGGACUUCCCACCUGAAGAAGAAGACGACGGAAGAGGAGCAGGGGACGACGUGGACAUGGAGGAUCCUGAACUCCUCUCAGCCAAGCCCAGACGACCCGACCGGGUAAGAAGAGGAGGAGGAGAUGAGGACGACGAAGACGAGGAGGAAGACGAAGAGGAAGGGCUGGAGGCCGAAGUUCGCAAGGAGCUGGAGGAGAGUUCCAAGGAGAGGAUGGACGAGAUGCUGGAGCUGCCAUCAUCUUCAGCCUCCUCGCCUCUUCAUCAUCCAGCUCUGGGCAGGAGGGAGGCCCAGAGGGAACGACUCAAUAAGAUUCUGCUGGAUCUGCUGCACAGAACACCCGGCAAGAACGGUGAGGGACCGGGAACAAAGCAGGGGGCUAUCGAUGUCACAUAUCUCCUUGAGGAGGGAGCCGGCCGGCGGUUACGGCGAAGAGCGCUCGGAUUCGGUGACUUCGUUGGCAGAAAAUAACGUUUUUCCCUGCCCCUUGUGCACACUGCCUUUCACAGAGCAGAAAAUGGAGACGCGGCGAGGAGGACAAUGAGCACGGCCGGUUGUCCCACCAUUACGGACCACAAUGCAUCCCUGGGGGGGCCCGCCUGUUCCAGCUUACCUCUUCUAAGACUGUCAUCUCUAUUUUUGAGAGGGUGGAGGAGGGGUUCGAAAGCGCCGACCUCGAGGCAGUUUCAGCUUGUCAGGAGUUCUGGAGGAGAAAGCUGAACCAGUCUUCUUUUAUCUAAAUAGAAUAAUGCAAAACCAUUAAAGAAAUGAACAUAGGACAAAUAACCCAUGCACUUAAAUGCAUUGAACACUGCAAACAUGGGUAGACGUUUUCCACUAGCAAGCAUCAGUAAUGAACAAAUGGUACUGAAUAGGGAUGGCUUAUAGUUUAUGCUGACCAACUGUUCUCCUUAAAGGGAUCUAGCUGCAAUGACAGAAACACAACAAACGGGAGAAGCUUUGCGCCAGGAUGUUGGGGCGGCGAAUGUCAUAGGAGAAAGCUGAGCGGUGGGCUCUGAUGCGCUUUAGAACGAGAGAACAACGGUGGUGAACUGCACUUUUGGUACCAUAGAUAUUGUGAAGCUCUGUGUAAUGUAUCUGUAACGAAACACACUAACACUCUCACAGUAUUGGCUGCAGUCUGGUUUAAAAAAACAACAACAAAAAGGUUCAAAAGAUUAUUAAUAUUCUUUCAUGUAGUAACUCGUUUAGGAACAAAAGAGACCUGUGGUGUGUUUGGUCCUGGGGAGGGAGGGGUUCAGUUUGCGCUUAUGUCAAAGUGUCCUGUUGAAUAUUUUUUACUCAGUCGUGAGGCAGUCAGCUUCGCACCUCUUUUUCCAAGUAACGUGAUUCACCAGCGUAUCUAAAUCAGGCGAGGAGGGGGUUGCCGGCUUUAGUAACGCCUUACACAGCCGUGGUCUCCCACUGCCUUGCGUGUGAGUGAGUGUGUGUGUGUGUGUGUCUGCCAGAUUUUGUGAAAAUAUACCUUUUGUAAAAAAAAAAUAAUAAUAACAAAAAAAAAUUAAGGGCUCAAUGGCAAUUAGCAGUUUUAAGAAAACUAUGGAAAACAAUACUUAACAUGAAAUGUAUCGUGAUGGUCAUAUUUUCUUAUAUUCUGUGAGAUGGGCGGGGCAGUAUAUACUGUAUAUUUCGAGGGAGUAAUGACUUAAGAUCUCCUUUUCUUGUCUUCAGAUUAUGUUGCCAUGGAGAAUGUUUUAAAAAAUUGUGAUAUUUGACAAGAUUUUCUUUAGUCCCCCUAAAUGCUUCUGCUGAAACGGGACAGGCUGCAAUGUCCUGGGGUGGAAAAAAAAAACAACCUUACAGAAACGAUGAGAAUGAGACACAAGAUGGGGAAAAAAUGGGAAGCUGUACAGUGCCAAGUUAUGUAAAUAUACACACUUUACAUUGAAGAGUGUCUCCAAAAGCAAUAUCUUGAAAAUGGACUUUGUUUAUUAUUGUACUGUACAGAACUCAGCCCUAAAUGUAUUAUUAUUAUUAUAAUAUUAUAAUUUCUUCUGUUUGUUUUACUAUAAUGAAGACACUUAAGCUCUGAGGAAAAUAAUUUUUGUAAUGUUUAGAAAAUCUCACCAUUAAUGUCCUGAUGACAUAAAAUUUAAGCUGAGUUUUUGUCGCCUAUAAAUUAAUUCCAGCUGUAAACUGCAUGUGCAAGAAUGUCAGACGGACACCGAAGGCUUUGGGACGUGACGGUGACUCAGCAACGACACCUUUUGUCACAGAAUUUUGUUAAUAAUAUUACUUAUAAGGAGAAAUGUCCUUGUUUUCUUUUGCUGCAAAGUGUUGAACACUAAAAAAACAAACCAACAUGAAAAUGUUGCGAUAUUUUUAAAAACUGACAGGAAGAAAGGUAAAGCUGUCAGCACAAUAUCAUGCAUUAUUAUCGCUUUGUUUUACUUUCGAAUAGGAAACGGUUCCGUUUUGUGAUAGCGGUCAUUGUAUGAUGCUUGUACUUGUAUUUGUGUGUUUUGUGUGAUCCGUUUAGUUAUUUUUUAGACAAUCACAAAAUAAGAUGCAAGCAUUGUAAAUGGCAGACUGGCGGACAUUUUGUGAUGUGUACAGUUUGUCCAAAAAACAAAAACAAAACAAAAAACAACCCUUCUUCCACUCUCGUUUAAAAGUUUGUAAUUAUGAUUCUUAAGUCCUGAAAAAAAAAAAUGCUGUUGGUUUUUACUUUUUGUUUUAUAUUUGUUUUUGUUUUUUUUUUCUUUGUUUUUUAAUAAAAAGCACUACAUUAUUGUGAAUAUAA